AGAAGAGGGAGACUUCGAGAGUGACCGACUGAUUUCUUUAUUUUAUCUGGGAAUCCACUAGACGACCAGUACCUUCUAUCUUUCUUUUGUGUCAUGUCUCUUGUCAUUUUCUGCCUUAGCUUAGCUUUGAAUACUUUCGCCCCUGCGCCCCACUCUGCGGCCAGCUUAGGGCAUGCCCAACGCUCCACGCUGGACCACUGCCUCAGCCGUCCACGUCGUCCCGAAGAUGCCAACUCACCCAAACCUAGCUCCUGCAAAUCAAAGUGGUCUCCUGCAGGAGAGCUCGCCGCUCCCCUGACAAAAGAAACGAGGCGACCGCCGAGGCGACGCGGUGGGCGAAAGCAGUCGCCCCAGCCGAAUCUCGCGCUCCCGCGCCACCAGAAUCCCGCGCUCGCGCUCACCUUCCCGCCAAAUCGCGCGCUCGCCCACCCGCCAAAUCCACUUUCGCACCAAGAGCUGAACCAGAGAAGGCGGGCGAGCGACCGGAGGCGAAGUACGCGUGAAGAAGGCUGUGUUCGUCCUCAACAAAUCGCUGAUCGUCCUCGACAUCUCGCCGACGACACCGUUGAUUUGCUGCUCUCCUGGAAGAUGUCUGAUGAGUUUGACAACGAGUUUGACGAUGACACAAUUGACCCCACUGAAGUUUUUUCUUUAGAAGAUUACCUUGCACAACAAAAUAAUCUGAACAACUUUGCUAUCCAAAUAGCCUCAAACAUUCAUGAUGCACUAGGAGCUCCAAGUACUAGGCGUCGGUCAGCCUCUAGGAUAUAUAUUGAAAGGAACCGAGAAUUCUACAACGACCGUCUCAUUUCAGAUUACUUCUCUGAUAAUCCUGCCUAUCCCGAUUACUACUUUCGUAGAAGGUUCCGCAUGCGAAGAUCACUCUUUCGACGCAUUGUGGACGCUCUUGGUGAGUGGUCUCCCUUCUUCACUCAAAGGACAGAUGCCCUAGGACGUCCAAGCCUAUCACCUUUGCAGAAGUGCACUGCAGCUAUCCGUAUGUUGGCGUAUGGUGUUCCAGCUGAUGGUGCUGAUGAAUACGUACGGAUUGGUGCAAGCACAACACUCAAGUGUCUUGAAGGAUUCGUUCAAGGGGUGAUUGCCAAGUUUGGUGGACAAUAUUUGCAAAGGCCAACCACGGAAGACGUGCAACGUCUACUAGAAGAGGGCGAGGCACGUGGUUUUCCGGGUAUGUUAGGAAGCAUAGACUGCAUGCAUUGGGAGUGGAAAAAUUGCCCAGUUGGAUGGCAGGGGCAGUUUAUCCGUGGUGACUAUGGUGUCCCUACAGUCAUCCUUGAGGCUGUUGCAUCCCAUGAUCUACGGAUAUGGCAUGCCUUCUUUGGCGUUCCAGGAUCCAACAAUGAUAUAAAUGUGCUCAAUCAGUCACCAUUGUUUACUGAAGUAUUGCAAGGGAAUGCUCCUCAGGUAGAGUACUAUGUAAAUGGGCAACAAUACAAGAAGGGGUAUUACCUUGCUGAUGGGAUAUAUCCCGAGUGGGCUGUUUUUGUGAAGACUGUACCACUCCCUCAAACUGAUAAGGACAAGUUAUUUGCAAAGAAACAAGAAGCCGCAAGAAAGGAUGUCGAACGUGCAUUUGGAGUUCUACAACAACGCUUUAAAAUUGUGGCUGAACCUUCACGUCUUUGGGACCAAACAGACAUGGGCAAUGUAAUGAAAGCAUGUAUCAUCAUGCACAACAUGAUUCUUGAGGAUGAGAAGGGAGUUGUGUUACCCUUUGAUUUGAAUGAAGCUCUUGGAAGAUCCAGCGCUCUACCACCGACGAUGGUUAGCGGUGCUACACCUUUGUUCGCUGACGUGAUCAGAAGAGAUGUUCAGAUUCGUGACCGUUCCAUGCACAAACGUCUCAAACAUGAUCUGGUAGAACAUAUUUGGGAAAAGUUUGGCCAAGACCCAAAUAAUAACUUGUGAUUUAGUAAUUUUCUGUUUAGUGAACAACA